AUGGAACCCAUACGUUCUCGGCCCUAUCGCCUUACUUGGGAGGAGGAGAAGUACUUGCAGGAGGAGUUGACUCGUUUGCUGGAUCUCGGAUUGAUUACACCAUCUAAUGGCCAAUGGACUUCACCAAUCUUUUUUGUCAAGAAAAAGGAUGGCCAAUUGCGCUUGGUGGUGGAUUAUCGAAAGUUGAAUGAGCGAACGAUCAAGGAUGCGUAUCCACUUCCUCAAAUUGACAACCUUUUGGAUUCCAUGGGAGGUGCAUGCGUGUUCUCAACCUUGGACGCAGCCAGUGGGUAUUGGCAGAUUCCACUAUCAAAGGAAGCAUCUGAACGUUCGGGCUUUGUGUGUCCCUUCGGUACCUUUACAUGGAACGUCAUGAGCUUUGGUCUAACAUCUGCACCCUCAACUUUUCAACGUACCAUGAAUACCAUCCUUCAGCGAUUCAUCGGCAAGUUCGUCUAUUGUUUCAUCGACGAUAUUAUUAUUUACUCAAGAUCCAUGGGCGAACAUCAAGAACACUUACGUCUGGUUUUCGAAGCAUGUGAUAAGGCAAACUUGCAUUUGAAGUACAGUAAGUGUAGCUUUGGCCAAAAGUCAGUCGAGUAUUUGGGACACGUGGUGUCAGAUCAAGGUCUCUCUCCCACAGCUCGAAAUGUAUCCAAGAUCCUGGAAAUGCCCGCUCCACGCAAUGUUGAAGAAGUACGAUCAUUCCUUGGCCUUAGUGGAUAUUACCGCCGAUUCGUUCCUCAAUACGCACGCAUUCUCGCACCCAUAUCAACUCUGCUGAAGAAGGAAACCAAGUUUGAGUGGGGGAUCCUUCAACAAAAGGCCUUUGAUGGAAUCAAGGAGAUCAUGACGUACCCUCCUAUAUUGGCAUUCCCGGAUCGUGCACAGGUCCAGAUCCUCACAACAGAUGCUUCGGGACUCGGUGUUGGAGCUAUUUUGUCCCAGUCGCCAGAUGGAUCUUCCGAAAAGGAAACAGUAAUCGCGUAUGAAUCUCGUGUGUUACGUGGUCCAGAGACACGAUACUCGGCAGUUCAUCAAGAGGCGUUAGCUGUGUGUUGGGCCGUGGACAAGUUUCGACAUUACCUUUCGGGUCGUUCCUUUAUCUUGAGAACGGAUAGCUCUGCCGUAUCUUUUGUCUUGAACAGUACCAAGCCUUCCAAACUUCAAAGAUGGGCUGCAAUGUUCAUGGAGUACGAUUUCGAGGUUAAACAUCAUCCCGGCAAACUCAAUCCCGCUGACGCUUUAUCCCGUUUGUUACCUACAUCACCCGUGAAUUUCGUAGCGGUUGCCGAUUAUGAAGAAGAGGAUCGAACGUUCGAAUCGGGACCCGAGUGGCAUGGUACCCUUGAAGAAGACGACUAUGACAUCAACGAUCACUGUCUCUUGUAA